UCGAAAAAUAAAAUAGUAGAAAGUAAAAAGGAGCCGAAUUCAACUACUACAAAAAAUAAACAAGCAAUCGAUAAUGUCCCUAGCCCACUGGUUGCAAUUUCAGGGAUAAUAGACAUAAAGGAAAGGUGCUUAACAUUCUUGCGUCUUAUUUCUCUAGAUGAAAUCUCCAGAGGUUCAAUCUUCUCCGAAUAUAAUUUGCACCUACGUAACUGCCUUCAAGUACCUCCUCUCAACCAGGAGAACAGAGCAACUGUCUCCGACAUCCCAAUUUCCCUCAACUCCUCCAACGCUUCCCUUUCCCUCCUCACUCUCAAAGAACGCUACGCUUUUGCCAACCUACUACUCAAAGAACGUUGUUUCCUAGACAUUAUGAACCUCUUCAACCACGCUGACCCCGAUGUUUGCAGGGCAGCUCUCCUGACCCUCAAUACAGCCGAGUACUACUGGCCACCAAUUAUUCGCAGUCUUGGCGAUUCAGGAACCCUCCUCGAUGCUCUCUAUACGGCUACUAAAGUACGCCCGGAACUUAUCAGAACUGUGCAGAUUGGACCCUUUAAGGUGGAUUUUGAUGAUGGAAAGGAUCUGAGAAAGGUGAGUAAUAAUGCUGCCCAAAUAGUUGGAAGACAGGGGACCUGCAACUUAAUUGACGGAUUUCUACUGUGGACACAUAACUUCCUAAAUAGAGUGAAUAACCUUGAGUAA